CGCCUCUUGGAAACGGGUGAGCGAACGACUCUCUGGAGUACAGAGAGCUUUUGUGACCCAGCAUCGCGGUCCACAGGCGCGUCGUCGAGACCCCGCCUUCUUCGGAGCAGCACCCCGAAGGGCCUUUCAGCAGAUCGGCAGGAGAGCUGGGUAACCGAGCCAACUCUUCUUCAAGCAAAAUGAGCUCCCCGAAGGAUGCCGCUGCGGGAGUGCCGGCGACGUCAACCGUCCUGAAGAUCAUCGGGUGCGUGGUGGGUGUCGUGGGCUCCCUCCUCGUGUACGGUAUCCUGCAGGAGAGGAUCAUGACCCGCCCGUACGGCGAGGGCGAGGACGAGGAGUUCUUCACCUUCUCCGUGUUUUUGGUCAUGAACAACCGCCUGGUGUCCAUGUGCGUGGCGGUCAUCGUGCUCGCCGUCAUUCGCGGCGCGGUCGCACCGGUGGCGCCCAUCUACAAGUACGCGGCCGUGUCUUGCUCGAACGUGAUCGCCACCACGUGCCAGUACGAGGCGCUCAAGUACGUCUCGUUCCCCGUCCAAACUCUCGGCAAGUGCGCCAAGAUGAUUCCCGUCAUGAUCUGGGGCUACUUCAUCAGCAACAAGCGGUACGGGCUGUACGACUACCUCAUCGCGACCGGUGUGAUGGUGGGAUGCACCAUCUUCGCCCUCUACGGACCCACCACCUCUUCCCACGGCGGUAGUAGCAAGAAGAGCGAGAAGGAGACCGGAAUGUACGGCAUCGCGCUCAUGGGCGGCUACCUCGGCUUUGACGGGUUCACGUCUACGUUUCAGGACAAGCUCUUCACCGGGUACCAGAUGGAGACGUACAACCAGAUGCUCUGGGUGAACUUCUGCAGCGCGGUCAUCUCUUCGUUCUGGCUCAUGUCCGAUAGCUCCAUGGGCGACGCGAUCGCGUUCGUCAAGAAGCACCCGGCGGCCAUGUCCGACGCGCUGGUUCUCUCCGCCGCGUCCACCCUCGGGCAGCUGUGCAUCUUGUUCACGAUUAAGGAGUUUGGCGCGCUGCUCUUUGCGACGAUCAUGACCACCAGGCAGUUCCUGUCCAUCCUGCUGUCGUGCAUCCUAUUCAUGCACCCGCUCACGUGGCAGCAGUGGAUCGGCACCGUCAUGGUGUUCUCCGCGCUUUACGGCAAGGUCAUCAUCGGCGGGAUGAAGAAGAAGGAGCCCAAGCCGGACAAGCCCGACCCCGAGGUGGGCUACGGCGCUGAAGAGCGGAAGGGCCUGAUGGAGGGUGCCGAGAAGUCCUCGUGAGCACCCGAAACUCGCUAGGGGGUUGGGCAGCACAACAGAAUAGUUGAAACACAUCAUUGGGAAUGGGGAUUAGGGGCAAAGGAGGAACCAACACGCGUUGGAGCUUGCGCACCUACUGCUUCGUAGCAAGUGUAAGAGAAAUGUUUUUG